CUGUGGGCGGGGCGGGGGGGGUAACGGCGCGGUUUUUCAAAAUGGAGGCGCCGGGGGCGGGGAGCGGCCGCGGGGCCCGGGACCGAGCAGGCCUGGGCCGGGGCGAGCGGCCGAGGGUGCCGUGAUGGGCAGCCGCGGCCGGAGUCCUGAGGAGAACUCGUAGCGGGACCCGGGGAGAGCGGCCGGCGCCAUGGCGACCUGCAUCGGCGAGAAAAUCGAGGAUUUCAAGGUGGGGAACCUCCUGGGGAAGGGCUCCUUCGCAGGGGUCUACAGAGCAGUAUCCCUGAAAACCGGUCUGGAAGUGGCAAUCAAAAUGAUAGAUAAAAAAGCCAUGCACAAAGUUGGAAUGGUACAGAGGGUUCAAAAUGAGGUGAAAAUACAUUGUCAGCUAAAGCAUCCAUCUAUACUCGAGCUUUAUAACUAUUUUGAAGAUAGCAACUACGUAUACUUGAUACUUGAGAUGUGUCACAAUGGUGAAAUGAGCAGAUACAUAAAGAACAGAAAGAAACCCUUUUCAGAAGAAGAAGCCCGACACUUCUUGCAUCAAAUUAUCACGGGUAUGCUGUAUCUUCAUUCUCAUGGAAUACUGCACCGGGACCUCACCCUUUCUAAUAUCUUACUCACCAGUAAUAUGAACGUCAAGAUUGCCGAUUUUGGACUAGCAACUCAGCUGAAAAUGCCUCAUGAAAAGCAUUACACCAUGUGUGGAACUCCAAAUUACAUUUCUCCCGAGAUAGCCACAAGGAGUCCACAUGGACUUGAAUCUGAUGUGUGGUCUUUGGGCUGUAUGUUUUACACUCUUCUUAUUGGAAAGCCACCUUUUGACACUGACACAGUCAAGAACACGCUGAAUAAAGUAGUAUUAGCAGAUUAUGAAAUGCCAGCCUUCUUAUCAAGAGAGGCGCAAGACCUUAUACAUAGGUUACUUCGCAAAAACCCGGCAGAUCGUUUGAGUCUUUCCUCUGUGUUGGAUCAUCCCUUUAUGUCUAGGUGUAGCUCUGCACGGAGUAAAGAUUUGGGAACUUCGGAAGACUCCAUGGACAGUGGAAACGCUACCAUCUCUACAACCUUCACAGGCUCUUCCAACAUCAGUACCAGCGGUUGCUUGAAGGAAAAGAAGAAGCUGUUAGUUGGACAGCCACUCCCAAAUAAAAUUACUUUUUUUCCUAAAACCAAGAAUUCCGGUAGUAAUUCAUCAGUAGAUGGAAGUGGUUCUUUUCAUCAGUGGGGAAUUCAGGGAAAAGAAACUGGCGUAACUGGCAGGGGAAGAACCGUGCAACUUGCUGAAGAGAGACCACAUUCACGCUACCUCCGAAGAGCCCACUCUUCAGAUAGGUCUGGCAUAUCCCAUAGUCAGAGUCAAGGCAUACCGAAUAUUGUUGAGAGAUGUCACUCUUUGGAACUGCUUUCUAAGCCUCAAGUAGGAACAAGGGAAAAUACAGAAUGUUUUUCACCUGCAAACAGCUAUACUGACAUAGGAGAAAUAUUUAAGGAGAAGAUUUCCAGUAGUUCUGGUUCUUUUGAAGGACAACUGUCUCCACCUGUAAAAGAUGAACCACACUCAAAUUAUCUCUGCCCAGUGAAGCCCCAGGUUGGUUUGUUAGAGCAGAAGUCCCAUACUGAAACAAUGCAGCAGUGGCUUGGAAGCAUGCAAACAAAUGUUCCACUGAGACCACCUGCAGACCUAAUAGGAAACAGUAAUGCACAUGGAGGUUUUCGAUAUCAUCUGGAUGUGCAGCAAGAUGUAUCUAGAAAUGCAUGGAACACCUUAAAAGAUAUAAGGAAUCACGAUGCAUCCGGUGACUGUCCACAUUCUUUAAACCAGAGAAACCCAAAGACAUACAUCCCAGGAGUUCUCUGCAAAUCUGAGAAAAUCCAACCAUCAUCUUCUACAUGUGGCCUUUGGUCAACUUCAGAACAAAACCAAACGUGGGGCAAAGAACCUCCAGCACAUCAGAAACCUACACUGCAAAGUCUAGUGUCACCUCUCAACGCUCACAGGCUGAAACCUAUCAGGCAAAAAACAAAAAAUGCAGUGGUGAGCAUUCUAGAUACUGGGGAAGUGUGUAUGGAGUUUCUAAAAGAACACCAUUCGCAAGAACUUGUGAAAGAAGUUCUCAGAAUAUCUUGUGAUGGAAACACAAUUGCAGUUUAUCAUCCGAAUGAAGGAAGAGGCUUCCUUCUUGAUGCCAGACCUCCUGCUCCUCCUGAAGGCAUCUCUAUGUAUAAUUUUGACAACUUGCCAGAAAAGUACUGGAAAAAAUACCAGUAUGCAGCCAAGUUUGUGCAGUUGGUAAGAACAAAAACCCCCAAAGUUACGUUCUAUACAAGAUAUGCCAAGUGCAUGUUGAUGGAAAAUUCACCCACCGCGGAUGUUGAAAUUUGUUUUUAUGAUGGAGCAAAGAUACAUAAGACAGCUGGUGUAACUCGUGUGAUUGAAAAAUCGGGGAAAUCCUUCACUUUGAAAGGAGAAAGCGAAGCAGGUUUGAAGAAGGAAAUACAAGUUUAUAUGGAUCAUGCGAAUGAGGGACAUCGUAUAUGCCUUGCCCUGGAAUCUGCUGUUUUGGAAGAAGAAAAAAGGAGUGCAAGUGUUCCAUUUUUUCCAAUAAUUGUUGGAAGAAAACCUGGCAAUACUGAAUCGCCACAGGCUGUAGCACCUCCACCGCUGGACAGUAUCAACUGUGUAAAAGAAGUUGUGGCACUGGAUGGAAAUAGAGCUGCUGGAUCUACUCCAGUUCAAACUCCAAACUGCCCUCCUUCUGUGGUGUCAUUUGAAAAGUCUACGUUCCUGACUAAUACCGUGGAAACUACAUGCUCCUCUGUUCAUCAGACAGAAUGCAGCCCAAAUACAGCCCAACUUUUGAAAUCCGUCUUUGUGAAAAAUGUUGGUUGGGCUUCUCAGCUGACCAGUGGAGCAGUAUGGGUUCAGUUUAAUGAUGGAUCCCAACUAGUAGCCCAAGCAGGUGUUUCUUCUAUCACUUACACAUCUCCAGAUGGCCAGAGAACGAGGUAUGGAGAAAAUGAUAAAUUGCCAGAAUACAUCAAAGAGAAGCUGCACUGUCUGUCUUCUAUUCUUGUGAUGUUUACCAAUCCAGCUGGUCCCCACUGAUUAAAGCAAUGCAGGUGUCUGGACAAAAGAGCUUAAUAAACUCACUCACUGACUUUCAGGUGACGUGACUGUUCUUACUCAGCUUACACAGAAAUUCUUCCAAAAGCUGGUUUAAAAAAAAAAAAGA